GUGAUUUGAUUGUGAGACUAUCAGUGGAAGACUCUUUCUUCAAAUACCCUAUAGGAUUGACCGCUGCACAGACAAAAGAUUUUUUUCGUGCCACAGCCAUGUGGAUUGCGUACAUGUACGUGCAAUUCUUGAAAGAGUGGCGGAGAUUGGCUGGGCAGGUUCAACUGGACGGCGUCGACACAUGGAUUAAGCGUUCUAAAGGCCCUAAGAUUAAUGCUAAUCAUCCAUUGAUUGAGCUGAUUGCAGAUUAUGUAAAAAGCAGCCGUGAUUUACUUUGCACAUAUAUGCGUGACCAAUUUAAUCCAUUGACAACAGCAAAUAGGGGAGCCCUCCGACAACCGCCCACACAAGCUGAAACCGAUCUUAUGAUGGCAUACAGGGCUACUAAAACAGAAUGUAAUACAUACAAGGAUCGAGGAUUGAAAGUAGACGCCAUAUUAGAUUUAAAAUUUUUUGAUUAA